AUGCGGAAAUCGAUGUUGAUAGAAGCGAUGGGGAAUUACUGGUUGGGAGUGGAUUUCAAGGAUCCAUAUCGGUUCCAGAUGAAGAAAGAGGACGGACCCACCAACAGCAUCACUUCUUAUACUUUUUUCACCAGGGAUGAAAAGUUUCCCCUUCCGGUCACCCUCAUUGAUACGCCAGGUUUUCAAAAAGGGACACCAGAGCUGGACCUGCAGUUGAUGGAAGACAUCCGCACUUUCGCCCAAGAAAUGGAAAUCCACGCCGUCAGCUUCGUCGUCCCUGGAUCUCAGGUUGAUUCACUUUUCCGCACAAAGGAAUUCACUCCAUUCUCAGCCAAUGUGGGUCAUAGAUUGACAGGACAAGCAGAGAAAGUCAUUGAGGAGCUGGGGCAACCACCUCAGCAAGAUGUUACCUUUUUAGAAGAGGACGGCCACUUUCACAAAAUAGUUAGAUUGACGGCAGAGCAGAAGAUGGUGCUGGGGAACAUAAACAAAGUCUUAGGAGAAAAGACUGAGAUGUAUUUGUUUUGUACCUUCGCGGACGGCAAACGCCUCCCCGUCCUAGAAUCCGUGGCAGAAGCCGGACUAAAAUGCAAGAAAUAUUUCGCCGUCAACAGCUCUGCCUACUUCGUCAAGGAGGAAGAAGAGGCACCUUCCACAGACGAUGACGAGGUGAAUGACGAGGUGGAAAAGGAAGGAACGAAAACGAAGUCCAUCAAUGAACUGCUAUGGCAGAUGACAACGGAUAGCAUCCAAGGAUUCAUCAGGGAUAUUCAGGCCCCAGGACGCCUUCGGUCAAGAGAAAAUAAAGAGGAAAAACACGAGGAGAAGUCUGGGAGACCUGCAGGUGAGGAGAGAGAGAAUCUAUUGAAGGAAGAAAGGAACAAUGAGGGAUCCACUCGUCCCAAUGAAGGGGAACCAGUUCAGGAAAAUGGAAACAGUCGUAGCUCCGGAGAAAUUUCGAAAGAAGACCCAAAAAAACAAUUCCAUGAAAAUUUGAAAAUAAUUAGCCAGAAGGUCGAAGGAAAUGGCCACCCGACAUUCCUUCUCCCAUUCACCUCAACUGCAGCUGAUGGAUUCCGAUUGGGCGAGGAUCAACAAGGCAGAAAUAGUCUGAAUGUUCUCUUCCUCGGCUUCACUGGAUCAGGGAAGUCGACGUUGGCGGAAGCAAUGAAGCAUUACCUACUCGGAGUGGACUUCCAGGAUUCCCAUCAUAACCAAGAGCAAAUCAGGUCUACGAAUACAAUCACCCUAUACAACUGUCGCUUUACUGACAAACGAAGGUUUUCUUGGAAAGUCACCCUCAUCGAUACCCCAGGAUUCCAAAGAGAAACGCCCAGAAGAAAGCAGAAAAAAUUCGUGAAUGAUGUCUGCGCUUCUAUGAAAUCCAACCAUGAAGUGAACAUCCACGCCAUCGUCUACGGGAAAUUUACGGCGAAGGAGAAAGAGUUGCUGGGAAGCAUCACCAAAGUCUUUGAACGUGAGAACGAGAGGACCCAGAAGACCUAUUUAUUCUAUACAUUCGCAGACAACAAUCCGUUACCCGCCCAAGAAUCUGUGAAGGAGGCCGGAUUGACCUAUAAUAAGCAUUUCCCCGUUAAUGGCUACGCCUACCUCGCCAAAGAGGAAAACGGUCCUUCCAUCGAUAAAAAUGAGGAAUUGAGGAAGGAUGCAAAAUCCAUAAAUGAAUUAUUGAGGAAGAUCACAACGGAUAGCUUUCAGCGAUUUUUCGACGACGUUCUGAGUCCGCCCAUUGAAGCCCUGAGCCUCAUUCCCUCGGAGACAAGGAGUCACAGGAGUGAAAUCAGGAUGCCCUGGAGGAGAAUCGGGUAUCAAAGGAUGGCGAAUGAAGAUGACAGAAGACCAAAGGAAAUAUUGUAUGAAGAGCUAAAAAAGAAAGAGAAUGCGAUUCAAGGAAAAGACUUGCACUACUACCCUCUUCCAUUCCAGCUCAUCAGCACUUCAACUGAUAGAUUCCGUUUGGGAAAUGCUGAAAAAAGUGGAGAAUGUCUGAAUGUCCUCCUCCUUGGCUUGACUGGAUCAGGGAAAUCAAUGUUGGAGGAGGUGAUAGGGAACUACGGCCUGGGAGUAGAUUUCCGGGAUCCCUAUCGAUUCCAGAUGAAGGAGGACAGACCCACGGAGAGGAUCACCUCACAUACCUUCUUCACCAGGGACAAGGAAAGGUUCCCUAAGGCAGUCACCCUCAUAGACACGCCAGGCUUCCAAAAGGGGACGCUCGAGGAGGACCGAAAGUUGAUGGAAGACAUCCGCGCUUUCAUCCAUCUCCAUCACCAUGCGGGUGUCCACGCCAUCGUCUAUGUUGUUCAAGGCUCUCAGGUUGCGUCUUCUCCGAACUGUAUCCUCCUGUAUCCUCCACGCGAACAGGGAAGACUGACGACAGAGCAGAGGCUGGUGCUAGAAAACAUGGGAACCGUGUUGGGACAAGAGCCUCAGAAGAUCCAGGAGAUCUCCUAUCUAUUCUGCACGUUUGCGGACAGCAUGCGCCUUCCCGUCGUCGAAUCGGUGAAGGAGUCCGGCUUGAAGUUCAACAAGCAUUACACCGUCAAUUGCUCCUCUUACUUCACCGAGGAAGAGGACGAAGAGUACACCACGGACGAUGACGAGGGAAACAGGAAGCAAGCGAAAACCGUGUCGAUCAACGAAUUGCUAUGGAAGAUGACGACGGACAGCAUUCGGGAAUUCAUGGACGACAUUCAAGGGAAUCGGCCCGUUCAGGCCCUGGAACUCCGUCGCUCGGGUGGGUUCUGA